CUUGCCACGACAGGAGCCGUGUCAAAAGAGGGGGAGGAGUAUCUGGACGAGGCGCGUAAAGUGUCGCGGCGAGAGUACUUGAAGAAGCGGGAGGAGAAGGAGCUAGCGUUAAUCGAGAAGGAGCUUCGAGAAGAAGAGUUCCUCUUCGGGGAUGUAGAGAUCACGGCCGAGGAAAAGCAACGCCGCGAAGUGAAGCGGAAGGUGUUGGAGAUGGCCAAGGAAAAAGACAGGUUCGAAAGGGAGCACCGGGGCUACCGCAUGCCCGAAGCCUACGAGACCGCCGACGGGAAGCUGGACACAUCCAAGCGGGACGCAGCCUUGACGGCCCGCUACCAGGAGGAGGAGCAGUACAAGACGGAGCAGGAGCUCUGGGAGGAGCAGCAGGUGAGCGUGGCCUCCUUUCGGCCGGGCGCCAAGGAUAAGGGCGCGGCCCAGAAGGAUUUGACGGCGGAGGAAGCUGAAUUGGAGGAAUUUAUGUUUGAAAAUCAGAUCGAUUUUGUGUCGGAUCAACUGUUGAACAACAAACUCGCGAAAUCCAAGAAGCAGCGGACGAAGAAAAAGGAGAAGGGUGGCGAGCAGGAGAGGUUGAGUAGCACUGAGGAGUCAUCGGAGGACGAAGGCCAAGACGAGGAGCAGUGGCUGGCGCAGGCGCGCGCCCCUAUGACCGAAUUUGAAAAGCUCCAGGCGGGAAGGAAGAGACUGCCGGUGUUUCGGUACCGGGAAGAGAUCCUGGCCGCCAUCAAGGACCAUCAAGUGCUGGUCUUGUCGGCCGAGACAGGCUCGGGGAAGACGACGCAGAUCCCGCAGUACUUGCACGAGGUGGGCUACACCCAGGCGGGCAUGAUCGCAUGCACUCAGCCUCGCCGCGUGGCCGCCAUGAGCGUGGCGGCCCGAGUUUCGCAGGAAAUGGGGACCAAGAUCGGCCAGGAGGUGGGUUACUCCAUCCGCUUUGAGAACUGCACUUCGGAGAAGACAGUGAUCAAGUACAUGACAGACGGCAUGCUGCUUCGCGAGUUUUUGACGGAGCCGGACAUGGCCUCGUACUCGGUGGUCAUCAUCGACGAGGCCCACGAGCGGACGCUCCACACCGACGUCCUCCUAGGCCUCUGCAAAGACAUUGCUCGCUUCCGAGAGGACCUGCGCCUGAUCAUCUCCUCGGCCACGCUCAACGCGGAGCGAUUCUCGAACUAUUUUGACGGGGCUGCCAUCUUCACGGUCCCAGGCCGCAUCUUCAGCGUUGAUGUGUACUACACCAAGGCGCCCGAGGCCGACUAUCUGGAUGCAGCUGUGGUUUCUGUACUGCACAUCCACAUCUCUCAGCCCGUCCCUGGGGACAUACUGGUUUUCCUGACAGGGCAGGAGGAGAUCGAGACGGCGGCAGAAGAACUCACCAAGCGCACUAAAGGUCUGGGCUCGCGCAUCAAGGAGCUAAUAAUUUGUCCCAUCUAUGCGACGCUGCCUUCAGAGCAGCAGGCAAAAAUUUUCGAGAAGGCCCCUCCGAACGCCCGUAAGGUUGUCCUGGCCACAAACAUCGCCGAGACCUCUUUGACAAUCGACGGAAUCUGUUUCGUGGUGGACACUGGUUUUUGCAAACAAAAAUCUUACAACCCGCGGUCGGGGAUGGAAUCUCUCAUCGUCACGCCCGUGUCAAGAGCGGCAGCCGAGCAACGCAAGGGCAGGGCGGGCAGGACGCAGAACGGCAAGUGCUUCCGGCUUUUCACCAUGUGGGCCUUCCAGAACGAGCUUGACGAG